AUGCACUUCACUCAACUCCUUACCCUCGCAGCCGGCGCUACACUGGCAGCCGCUGCUCCUGCUGCAGUUCCUGAUGCUCAGCCUGCACCCCUUGCUGUUGCAGCGGAUGAUAUCAUCCUCCACGGCAACGGUCGCAUCCAAGUCAUGAAGCGCUCCGAGUUUGAAGAGCGAUUCCCCCUUGACGAUUAUCCACUUGGAACGCCAAACGAGUUCGACCCCAACUUCAUCACCUACACUGGCCCAGAGCUUGCGAACAGAACCAGUAGUCCUCUGUCGAAACGGGACAUCUCCAUUGUUAUCCCCGGAAAGACGACCACAUUCACUGGCUGGGAUGUCCAAGUCAGCCAGAUCGUUAAGGGUGGAAUUGGCACAAAGAUCACCGUAGCAGCUGGUUACAGUGUCAGUAACAGCAUUGCUGUCUCCGCGGGCAUCGACGUUACACUUAUAGAAGAUUUCCUCAAGGCAUCGAUGUCUGUCACCCAAACAUGGCAGACAACCAACAGUCUGACCCAGACCUUCUUCACCGAUGUGCCAGAAGGCAAAUACGGUGCCUGGGUCUUCCGACCCCUCACCAAGCGCUUCACCGGUGCUGUCUGGAGUGGCAAGAUGGGAGACACAGGCUCUGUGAAGACAUGGCAGGCGGACUCGUUCACUUCCAAGAUGUACCAGGACAUGGCCUGGGUUGAUGGUUACUUUGCGGCAUGCUUCCAGGAUACGUUCCCUAUGCCCCGAUGCCAGGGACAAGGUACCCUCUAA